AUGACCGGGCCGCCGUCCUCUUCCUACCCCAGCCAGGUCUCGCCGUCAGCCGUCGAGAUUUCGCCGGAAAACGAGAGAAAAGCUCGGUUUUCGCACGAAACUUCGCCGGCUUCGUUCUCCGUCGUCCGGCCACCGAUUCCGGCAAGUGAGCGUAGGCAACUCGAUUUACGAAUUGGGUUUCGGCCGGAUUUCGGGAUGAGAUUCCGGCCACUUCCGGUCAGAUUUUGGGGUACGUCCAAGAACAAAAGUGACUCCAAAUUAGGUGUUUUACCUAGGGUAGGAGUCUUGAGCCGUGAAUUGUGGUUUUUCCGGCGAUGCGAUAUCGCUUUGGACACCCACGCGCUGCCGGCGCGUGUGGCGGCGCGUGGGCACUGUAGCUGA